AUGCCCAUCCACCACCUCAUGGUCGGAACAUGGACGCCUCCGGGCGCCAUCUUCACCUUUGCCUUCAACACGGAGACCUUGUCUCUCGAGAUGAUCAAGAGGACGGCGAUACCAGAAGACGAGCCUAUAUCAUGGAUGACCUUCAACCACAACAGGAAAACCAUCUAUGGCGCUGCCAUGAAGAAGUGGUCUUCUUUCAAAGUCGACUCUCCAACCUCGAUCACACAAACAGCCUCGCAUCCCAUGCUCCACGACCCAAAGGCGUCCAGUCCCGAAACGAACACACGUGCCAUCUUCCUGCUGGCCGCCCAAAAGCCGCCGUAUGGCGUGUACUGCAACCCCUUUUACAACCACGCGGGCCACGGCUCGACCUUCUCCGUCUCGGACGAGGGAGCUCUCAAGCAGAACGUCCAGAACUACGAAUAUCAACCAAACACCGGCAUCCACGGCAUGAUCUUCGACCCCACCGAGACCUUCCUCUACUCGGCCGAUCUCAAGGCCAACAAGAUCUGGGUGCACAAGAAGACGGAGCCCACCCGCCCCGAGGUCGAGCUUGUGGGCAGCGUGGACUGUCCCGACGAGAGGGACCACCCGCGAUGGGUGGAAAUGCACACCUCGGGAAAGUACCUCUACGCCCUCAUGGAGAAGGGCAACCGUAUUCUCGAAUACGUCAUUGACCCGUCGACGCACAUGCCUGUCUGGACGCACCGUCACUGGCCUCUGAUCCCGCCUGGCAUACCCGAUCGGUGGACGCAAUACCGUGCCGACGUCUGCGCGCUGUCCAGCUCGGGUGACUAUCUCUUUGCCUCGUCGAGGGCGAAUAGCUUUGACCUGACCGGUUAUGUUGCCGCGUUCAAGUUGGACGAGGAUGGUAGGGUGGAGCGGCAGAUCUGCUUGAAUCCUACACCGACAAGCGGAGGGCACAGCAACGCUGUCUCGCCAAACCCGUGGACGGACGAGUGGGUUGCUAUCACGGAUGAUCAGGAGGGUUGGCUCGAGAUAUAUCGCUGGCAAGGCGAGUUCCUUGCGAGGGUCGCGAGGUGUCGGGUGCAAGAACCGGGGUUCGGCAUGAAUGCCAUCUGGUAUGACUGA